GUCAUUUCUAAAUGUCAACUAACAUUGUAAUUGCCUAUAUAUCUGUAUCUCAUGGUCCUUUCACUUUAUUUUGCCGACAGAUAUUCAUUACUUUCUACAAGUCGUGGCAAAAUACUAUUACAUACAAGUUAAACCAUAUGAAACUAUAUUUGACAUUAAAUCGCGUAGCAACAAGUAGUUUCAGUGAUAUUUUAAAGCAUUGUAUUGGGAAGAAAUACCAAAAUUUUGUAACAACAAGAGCAUUUUACAUCAGCCCUUCAUCACACCAGUGGGGGAAAAAUAAAAAGCAUAGAAAUAUUAAACUUAACACAUACUUCGAUACAAUGGCUGAUCCUAAAAUGGAAGAAAUAUUAGCUCCUCUAAGAGCCAGUGUUAAAGAACAAGGUGACUUAGUAAGGAAGUUAAAAGCGGAUGGUGCAGCAGAUCUUGAUGUUAAGAAAGCCGUAGCAGAGUUAAAAGCAAGAAAAAAAGUUUUAGAAGACAAAGAAUUGAGUUUAGCUCCUAAUCAAACUUUCGAUAGAUCAAAAAUGGAAGAUCUUCUCAAAAGAAGGUUUUUCUUUGAUCAAAGCUUUGCAAUAUAUGGAGGUAUCACAGGACAAUUUGAUUUUGGACCUAUGGGAUGUGCUUUUAAAACGAAUUUAUUACAAACCUGGAGGCACUUCUUUGUUUUGGAAGAACAAAUGUUGGAAGUAGAUUGUUCUAUUUUAACUCCAGAAGCUGUCUUAAAGGCAUCUGGGCAUGUUGAUAGAUUUGCAGAUCUUAUGGUUAAAGACACUCAGACAGGGGAAUGCUUUAGGUUAGAUCAUUUAAUUAAAGCUCAUUUGGAGAAAAUAGCCGCUGAUAAAAAUACCUCCUUGGAAACUAAAGAAGAAUGUCAAGACAUAGUAAUAAAGUUAGAUGGAAUGAAUAAAAAUGAAAUGUCUGAAGUAAUGAAAAAAUUCAAUAUGAAGAGUCCACUUACAGGAAAUCCUCUAACAGAACCUAUUGAAUUUAAUUUGAUGUUUGGAACUCAAAUAGGACCGUCUGGAGUAAUUAAAGGUUUUUUGAGACCGGAAACUGCCCAAGGUAUUUUCGUGAAUUUCAAACGCCUUCUGGAAUUUAAUCAAGGAAAACUGCCAUUUGCUGCUGCUCAGAUAGGUAACGCAUUUAGAAAUGAAAUAUCUCCCAGAUCUGGACUAAUAAGAGUACGAGAAUUUACAAUGGCUGAAAUUGAACAUUUCUGUGACCCUAAUGAUAAAAGUCAUCCCAAAUUUGCAAACGUUAGAAAUACAGAACUUUUAUUAUAUUCAGCAUGUAACCAAAUGGAUGGAAAACCUGCUGAAAAGACAACCAUUGGAUUUGCUGUAGAAUCAGGAUUAGUAGCAAACGAAACUUUGGGAUACUUUAUGGCUAGAAUUCAACAGUUUCUUAUAAAAUGUGGAGUGGAUCCAGUUAAGCUACGUUUCAGACAACACAUGGCAAACGAAAUGGCCCACUAUGCAUGUGAUUGUUGGGAUGCAGAAUGCCUUACGAGUUAUGGAUGGAUAGAGUGUGUUGGAUGCGCCGAUCGUUCAGCAUAUGAUCUUACUCAACAUACUAAUGCUACUGGUGUGAGGUUAGCAGCAGAAAAAAAAUUAGCAGAACCAAAAAUGGUAAAUGUUAUUGAAGCACAAGCCAAUAAAGGAUUAUUAGGAAAAACAUUUAAAAAAGAUGCCAAAAUUAUAACUGAUGCUUUGGCAGCUUUGAAAAUUGAUGAAGUAGAAAUUUUAGAAAAACAAUUAGCCAAUCAAGGGUCUUACGAAUUAUUAUGUGGAGAUAAAAAAUUCUCACUCUCAAGAGAUAUGGUUAGUGUUAAGAAGUAUCAAAAUACUUUACAUGUCGAAGAAAUUAUUCCUAGUGUUAUUGAACCAUCUUUUGGUAUUGGUAGAGUAAUGUAUGCCAUUUUUGAACAUAAUUUCAAAAAACGUGACAACGACGAACAAAGAACUUACUUGUCUCUACCAGCAAUUGUAGCUCCUCUAAAAUGCAGUGUUCUUCCUUUAAGUUCAAAUCAAGAAUUUGUUCCAUUUAUCAAAAGAAUAUCUACAGAAUUGACCAAAGUAGAUGUAUCCCACAAAGUAGAUGAUAGUUCCGGUUCAAUUGGUCGAAGAUAUGCUAGAACUGAUGAAAUUGCUAUUCCGUAUGGUAUCACCAUUGAUUUUGAUACUUUAAAAGAACCCAAUAGUGUUACUUUGAGGGAAAGGGACUCUAUGAAUCAAGUUAGGAUACCACUUGAAGACAUUGCAACAGUUGUACAUAACUUGUCCUAUAGUAAACAAACUUGGAGUGACAUUGAAAAUAAAUAUCCUAAAUUUGAACAACAAGAAAGUAAAGGAGUUUGAAACAACACAUUUUUGUACACAAUGCACAUAUAACAUUAAGCCUAAAAGCCAAGCUUGUAAUUAAAAUUUUAUAAAAUUGUAUCAAGAUA